AUGGCAGGUAACAGUUUGGUCCUGCCAGUCGUGCUGUGGGGACGCAAAGCUCCUACUCACUGUGUAUCUGCUACACUAUUAAUGGAUGAUGUUUCAAUGAUUGUCACAGGAUGUCAUGAUGGUCAGAUAUGUCUAUGGGACCUCUCUUCAGAUUUAGAAAUAAAUCCCAGAGCUCUGUUGUUUGGUCAUACAGCAUCAAUCACUUGUUUAUCCAAAGCCAGUUCUUCAAGUGAAAAACAGUAUAUAGUCAGUGCAUCUGAAAGUGGAGAAAUGUGUCUUUGGGAUGUGAAUGAUGGAAGGUGCAUUGAAUUUACAAAAUUAGCCUGCACACAUACUGGCAUACAGUUCUAUCAAUUCACAGCUGGGACUCAGCGUGAAGGGAGAUUGUUGUGUCAUGGCCAUUAUCCAGAAAUUCUUGUUGUGGAUGCUACCAGCCUUGAAGUUCUUUAUUCCUUGGUGUCAAAGAUUUCUAAGGACUGGAUCAGUUCUAUGAGCAUUAUUCGAUCUCACAGAACACAAGAGGACACUGUUGUAGCAGUAUCUGUGGCUGGCAUUCUUAAAGUAUGGAUUGUAACUUCUGAAAUGAGUCACAUGCAGGAUACGGAGCCCAUCUUUGAAGAGGAAUCUAAACCAAUUUACUGUCAGAACUGCCAGAGCAUUUCCUUCUGUGCAUUCACCCAAAGAUCGCUUUUGGUAGUUUGUUCUAAAUACUGGAGGGUUUUUGAUGCCGGAGAUUAUUCCUUGUUAUGCUCAGUCCCAAGUGAAAAUGGACAGACAUGGACAGGAGGUGAUUUUGUGUCAGCAGACAAAGUAAUAAUAUGGACUGAAGAUGGACAAAGUUUUAUAUAUAUACUGCCAGCCAGUUGCUUACCAGCUAGCAAAUCAUUUCGCACUGAUGUUGGAAAAGUUAUUGAAAACCUCAGUCCUCCUCAACUCUACUGUGCUCUAGACCAAGGAGAGCAGAAAGCAGAGAAACAGUUAUUAAUCUGCCCUCCUGUCACCCGGUUCUUCUAUGGCCGUAGGGAGUGUUUCCAUAAACUACUAAUCCAGGGGGACUCUUCAGGGAGGCUCACCAUUUGGAGUAUUCCAGAUUCACUUGACAAGCCAGAUAUGACUGAAGGAUUGCCGCUUACUACUACUACUUCUCUACAAGAAGCAUUUAACAAACUUCACCCAGCUGGUAUUAUAGAUCAGUUGAGUUUCAUCCCAAAUAGUGAUGAGCCUUUGAAGGUGACAGCAAGUGUCUACAUCCCAGCACAUGGGCGACUGGUUUGUGGUCGUGAAGAUGGAAGUAUUGUAAUUGUUCCAGCCACUCAGACUGCUAUAGUUCAGCUUUUGCAGGAUGAACAUAUGUGCAGAAGAGGUUGGCCACCUCAUAGAACUCUGCGGGGACAUCGAAACAAAGUCACCUGUUUGCUGUAUCCUCACCAGGUCUCCUCUCGUUACGAUCAGAGAUAUUUGGUCUCAGGUGGUGUAGAUUUUUCUGUCAUUAUAUGGGACAUCUUUUCUGGAGAAAUGAAACACAUCUUCUGUGUGCAUGGGGGAGAAAUCACUCAACUUUUGGUUCCUCCAGAAAAUUGCAGU